GCUGAGCCAAAGUGACCGCCAGAUGUGAAAGCAAUCCACGCGAUGAACGGCGGAUAUUAUGUAUCCAAAGUCCCUGUCCUCGCAUAUCACCAUCCUUGAGCCUCUCAUGAACUCGUUCUUCUCCAUAUUCCUCGUUCGAGACAGAGUUUGAACUUUGCUAGAAAAAACACCUCAUCCAGUUCUUUGCUCCAUGUAACGAUCCAUGACAAGCAUCUUUUCACACUCACCUGUCUCCUAUGCCUCGACCAGGUUCGGCCGAGACGUUUUCAUCCUUGGCUAACCGUUACCUCCCGAAAUUCCAGACUCGUCGAUAACCUGUCGAGUUGCAACGAUGUUGCAGGUAGGUGUCGGUGGAAGGAUUCCACUCUGCCAGUGAUCGAUGAUCAUUCAAGCCUCUCAGAGUCUUUGUCUCCACCCACUGCCAGUUGGCCUUCAUCCUGCGCCGCGUAUGUCGGUGUUCUUGUUGCCUGUCGACGUGCUUUUCGCCACAGCCGUUUAACAGAGGGUUUAUCUCACCAUGUGGUGCCUGCAUUGGACCCUGAAGCUUCAUGCUAGGGCAUAGCGCAAUCCAAAUAAUGUCCUUGGCCAUCCAUCAUGCCUGUGCUGUUCAUGGCCACCUUGGCUGUUCCGGCCCAGCAGCCAUGAAGCAACCAAUGUCCUUGUGCCUUCGCCUCUUCAACAUCCUGUGCGCCACGUUUCUUUGCCACAAGCUUCAGGUCCGUCGCGGUCCCGUCAGCAUAUAAGCAUGCCUUCCUGGUGAUCGGUUGUCCAAGCCACACCCGUCGACAUAGGCGCAUCCAUUCAAUCUCCAGAAGCUCCAGACACACCUGGUCAUUACAGCCUCGAAUCCUUUUUGUAUCUUUUUGGCUGCCGGCAUUCUCCUCCGCCUCAUUACCGCCGCAGUCCGCGGCGUACAUGCAUCUAACGAAGCCUCAUCCAAAGACCAGAAUCAGACCCGCCAUUUCUUCUGAGUGUGGGGCUACAAAAACCCCCACGACCCUUCGGGCAGGAACGCUGUGUUUCUUGCCGUACAGGUCCUUAAAAGUUGAGAAGACCCAAGAUCGCUUUCUGACCUCGCAACACUUAACCAGAGCUGACAAGAGACCUCUUUCCAACUUGGUACUCAACAAUUGACCCAUGGCCAAUCACAUUGUGGAAACGCCUGGCGAACCAGGUGGCUCCGCGCCUCGGAGACUGACCCAAGCUGUCGACGAUGUAAGGCAGAUUGCUGCGUCCAGUUCAACGUCUUCGGAAGCGCGGGCGCGGUCGGUAGCUACUGCAAGGGCCGCCAUACGAGUCUUUGACGAAUAUAACCUCUCACAAUUACCUGGAAGUGUCGUGGAUCAGGCUUUUAUCAUCACUACAUUACAAGAGCUCGCAUAUCAUGAUAUUGAUGGCGGGGCCAUUACAGAUAUUGCUGAAUGGUGCAUGGGACGAUGGCUGGCCCUCUCCCAGAACCAUGCUGCAAGAGUCGCAGCAUUUAGAGGUUUAGGUCAAGCGUGGCUUGCCCGAUCUCAGAGCCUGCUCGCUAGAAUCCACCGCUUAGAGGGAAGCUCGUCAAGUGGAAGUAGCGGCAGACCCCAGAGUCUCGGAGAAAGAUUCCCUUACACGUCGAGUGAGGAGACACGAGAUGCUGAACGAGCAACUGCCGAAGCUGAUGCUAGAACCCAUUCCCCCGACUAUGUCGAAGCUCGAGGGCUGUUGAUCCCAGCGGUCGAUCACUAUACUCGAGCCUUGGAGUUGGCUGAGAGUCAGGGUUCUGUUCAUGGGGACAUCCUGGCAGAGGCCGCAGAAGCGAACAUGAGUCUUGGCAAUGUGUCCUCGUCUCAUGGCAACGAUCGAUACUUUCACACCGCGAUUAGGUACCUUCGACGAGCUUCAGCUAUUCCUGGAUAUGUCUUAUCUCCAUAUUUGCAAAGGUGUAUCCGUACCCUUAGGAUCAGCUAUUUCCGUACUAACAAGACUGCAGUUAUUUGGACGACUAUGGGCGAUUGGUCGAUUAGAUUUUUACUGUUUCGACGAGUUUCUAAUCAGAGAUGGCUGCGCUACCUUGUACAAUCUGCAGGCAGAGAUGUACUGAUGAAAGCUGCGUUAUGUUGAAUUAACCUACUACCUUUCUUUCGGACCCUCGGCCGCGGAGACCAAGAUUGAGAUGAGAUAUCAGAAAUGGGAAGUUUGUUUUUUGAUUCAGGCAAUAGAAUUAUGACGUUGGCAGGGACCUGGAAAUUGUAUCCAAAUUGAUUUUCUUUCGACCAUACGAACUACUCACUGACAUUGCUCGCCAUUCUUGGCUCAAUCCCUGCGAGCAGGCCGCCAAAUCGCAGUACGUGAGUCCAGUCACUGGCUCAUCCUCAUUUGGGACAAGAUUGAUGCUGCCUCAAGAAUGAUCAAUCACUGCUAGCUGGUGGAUGGUGGAACAACACUCCCACCCACUCCUCUUUCCACACCCCACACCCCUUUCUAAAGGCCAUUGAAUUCGCCCGAGCGCCCAUAAAUAAAAGUAUGUACCUGGACAGGCCACCGUUGAUGAAUCAUGCCAGAAAUGGAUUUUGUCGAUGUUUACAACCAUCCAUACAAAAUCAACAGCUAUUUUCUGUUUCUUGGCCGCGACUAGAGGCGCUUGAUAUAUAAAAUUAUCAUGGAUAGCCCAGGUAAAGGAGAAGACAUGUCUGUAGAAUUAAGCUUUGAAACCAAACGAUCACACUCAUUCGGCAAAGUCGCCUAUUUGGCUAGGAGAUGUGAAGCGAAGCA